GGGGGUCUUGUGAUGAUUGGGCGGGUCACCGACAGCGCCGCUCUGCUCCCAGCGAUCGGCCCAGUGUACUUGAGUUGUUUUGAAUGUGCGAGGCACCGACAGAAGGGGGGGGCAGAACUUGAACUAAAGAUGGCGGACGUAGAAGAUGAGAUACGGUCUGAACCCUCUUCUCUGCACCCCGCGGCGUCUCGGAACGGAACCGGUGUCGGUUCGGUGAUUGCUACCAAAGGCCAGAACCAAACAAUGGUGACGUCAGGUCCGCGAAUGGUACGGAUUGUGAAAUCGGAAUCGGGCUAUGGGUUCAACGUUCGCGGACAAGUAAGUGAAGGUGGACAACUGCGAAGUAUCAACGGGGAACUGUAUGCUCCACUGCAACAUGUCAGCGCCGUGUUACCUGGAGGGGCUGCAGAUCGAGCUGGCAUAUUGAAGGGUGACAGGAUAUUAGAAGUGAAUGGCGUGAGUGUGGAGGGGGCGACACACAAGCAGGUGGUGGACCUGAUCCGGGCGGGCGAGCGGGAGCUGGUUCUGGCCGUGCUGUCAGUGCCGGCCAAUGAGGUGGACGGGCUGGACCCUGGCGAGGAGGGCACCAGCCCCGCCAGCUACGACUACGGCGACCGGCAGGCCGUGCCCAUCUCCAUCCCCUCCUACAAGCAUGUGGAGCAGCACACCGAGAGGUUUGUGGUGUAUAAUGUGUACAUGUCAGGCAGGCAGCUGUGCUCGAAGCGCUACCGUGAGUUUGCCAUCCUGCACCAGAACAUCAAGAAGGAGUUCAAUAGCUUCAACUUCCCCAAGCUGCCGGGCAAGUGGCCCUUCUCCCUGUCCGAGCAGCAGCUGGACGCGCGCCGGAGAGGCCUGGAGGAGUACCUGGAGAGAGUGUGUUCAGUGCGGGUGAUCGGGGAAAGUGAUAUCAUGCAAGAGUUCCUGUCUGAAUCAGAUGAGAACUACAACGGCGUGGCAGAUGUGGAGUUGCGUAUCGCCCUGCCAGACAAGACCACCAUCUCCGUUCGGGUGCGCAAGAACAGCACAACUGACCAGGUGUACCAGGCUCUGGUGGUGAAGGUGGGCAUGGACAGCAUCAUGGCCAGCUACUUCGCCCUGUUUGAGGUCAUCAACCAUACUUUUGUGCGUAAGCUGGCUCCUAAUGAGUUUCCCCACAAGCUGUAUGUCCAGAAUCUGACGUCGGCCGUGCCUGGGACCUGCCUGGCCCUCCGCAAGUGGCUCUUCAGCGUCCAGGAGGAGGAACUACUGCAGGAUAACCCACUGGCCCUGCACUACUGCUUCCACCAGGCACAGGAUGAUGUGAAGAAGAACUUCAUAAAGGCAGAGGAUAAAUCCUACCAGCUGCAGAAGCUAGCCGAACAGCGCAAGAUGGCUACAUAUUUGAGUGUGUUGCGGACAUGUGAAGGCUAUAAUGAGGUGGCUUUCCCACACUGCUCAUGUGACUCGCGGAGGAAGGGUCACGUGAUCGCAGCCAUCAGCACCCUGCACUUCAAGCUCCACGCCUGCACAGAGGACGGCACACUAGAGAACCAGGUGAUAGCGUUUGAGUGGGCCGAGAUGCAGCGCUGGGACACAGACGAGGAGGGCAUGGCCUUCUGCUUCGAGUACGCCAGGGGCGAGAAGAAACCACGCUGGGUCAAGAUCUUCACACCUUAUUUUAACUACAUGCACGAGUGCUUCGAGAGGAUCUUCUGUGAGCUCAAAUGGAGGAAAGAGGUUGAGGAAGAGGCUUCAGACAAGGACAAUAAGAACUGCAGUAACAAUGAGUAUCUCUCACCACUGGAGCAGCCCCAGGCCUGGCGACACGUGGGGGGAGAAAUCGCCACCUCCUAAAGGCUCCCCAGCGAGCAGGAGACCCACACACGCUCUCACACACACACACACACACACACACACACACACACACACACACA